AUGGAGACGGCGGCAGUCCCGGUAUUCACCAGUCCGCCCACGGUUAACAGCAGUAACUAUGAACACCAGUUAUUGCUCCCAUCUUCUCCUUUCUAUCUCUUCCAACCCGCUGCCACCUCCUCUUCUGCUAGCGCCUCUCAACCGCUACACCCUCUUUAUUCUGAUUUCUUUCCGUAUACGUUAAACUACCCUACGCCUCUAUCCUCGUCAGAUAGCAGGCUUUUGACUGACAUCAUCCCUGACGAGGAUGCGAACAUUCACUUGCCACUUCUCCCUGACGAUUCUUCUUUGCGAGCCUUGGACCAAGACAAUAUUCUACUGGGCUACCAUGAAAAUUCCAGCUCAGGGGCUCGGUACAAUCACCUUUCUGUGAUGAAUUGUCCAGAAUCUGAACUUGCAAGAGAUGACCUCAUCACUACUUCUGGAUCUCCAGCACAAGCUUCGUCGGCACUAGACCACCCUGCUUCCGAUUCCAAACAGUCUCAUAUUUCAUCUAUUCCUAGCGCAUCAACCCCAUUUCCCCCCUUUCCUCCCUUUCCCACCACUUCAAUAGACCCGUCACCAGAGUCUUCUAACCAUUCGCCUAAUAUUGUAUCUCACCAAUCUGCAACAUCCAGCUCGAAGCUAUCGAAACGUUCUCUGGAAGAUGGCCAGUCACCGGCAGGAGAGAACGAAGCGGUUAUCGAGAAGAGACAACGAAACACCAUCGCCGCCCGGAAAGCUCGUCGGAAGAAGGACAACCGAAUUGCUUCUUUAGAAGAGGAGCUUAAAUCGGUUACAAAGGAGCGCGACGAGAUGAAACUCUUAGUAGCGCGGCUUGAGGGUGAGAACAUGGCGCUGAGAAAGGCGACGUGGGGUUGAUUUGAAAGUUUUUCCUCACAAUACUCACGUUUAUGAAGUGAUUGCAAAAUUAUUCAACCGAUGUUUUAUCUAUUUAUAUUCGCUCUUGUCUCAAGUUUUAGCUACAUGUAAUGAAAUCAAUGGGCUUUACAACUUA